GUACAUAAUAAUUUGACUGGAUGGCUCAGGUCAGAGCUGUUAGAGGUCUGAUCAUGUGGUGAAGCCCAGUUCCCCAUGCUUGUCUCCACCCCCAGGGCAACAAUUCUAAGCCCACCCCAGUGUUGUGGGUGAAACUCCAACAACCGGAAGGUGGGAUGCUUGGGGAUGGCAAUAAGUCACAAGGCUGCUCAGCUCCCAGGGCCCUGGUCUCCCCAACCUUGGCUAUACAAGGCCUAGAACGGGAAACAGAGAGAAGACAGGUGGUGGCUCACCUGACCCCUGGGCAGAGGGACACUACCCCCGGCUCACAUUAAAGCAGAAAACCUACCUGAUUCCUAACUUCUGAACAAAAUGUCUGCUAUUUGUGGACUGUAUUUCCCGCUACAAGCAUCCCUCGGAAAACUGUAGCUUACAUUCGCUGUGUGACUGCUGCCCUACUAUGCUGGUGGAGGAAACUCAGUGUUCAGUUUUAAAGCCAGCACCAGCUGAAAUAACCAAGGGUAUCAUUGCGUCCACAAAUGAGGAAGGAUUCUUACCUAAAAGGUAAACAAUAUUACAAUCCUUUCACACUUCAAGAUAAUUAUGUCAGUGGGUGAAAAACAGCAGUCACCCUGGAAAUGUCCAUACAAUACAUGCCUAACAGGACCGUUUUCACUGUUUACAUGUGGGAGGAAAAAACUGCCAGCAAAAAAAUGGUUAAUGCUGGCCUUAAAAGGAGGCUGGCCAGAGCCCAGUGAGUAGGCUUGGGAAGUCUAUAAAGGAGGCGCUGUGCCAAGGGGGCCAGACACUGCGGGACAGCCACAGGCAUCCACAGGCAUGGUGAGCCUGCUCCCUUCCAGACCUGACACUCUUCUUUUCCUCUCCUGCUGUAUCCCUGCUGGGCACCAUCCCCAAGGUGCUACGAGUCCAGGGACAAUCCCUGUGAGCAACCUCCAGAAGCACCUCCAGCAGAUGGUUCAGUGACUCCAUGGCCCAGGUCCUCAGAAGGUAAGCAGGCAGCAGGCGUUCCUGCCCGGCACCAGCCCAGACGCCCUGUCUGCCCUUCUGGUUUUCUGAGACAAACAGGCUCCCAGGACGAUUCUUCCUGCCUCACGCAUGCCUGGCUCACUUCCCAGGGAAUCACCUUUGUGAAGAUGGAGCUGUCACGUAAAACAGACUUCUGUGACCCUUUCAGCAAGUCCUGAAAGCUUCUACGGGAAGCCAUGGCUGCAACUACUCCAGCACAAGAUGUUGGCGUAGAGAUCUACCUAGGUCCCGUGUGGCCAGCCCCUUCCAACAGCACCCCUCUGGCCCUCAACCUGUCCCUGGCGCUGCGGGAAGAUGCCCCGGGGAACCUCACUGGGGACCUCUCUGAACAUCAGCAAUAUGUGAUCGCUCUCUUCCUCUCCUGCCUCUACACCAUCUUCCUCUUCCCCAUCGGCUUUGUGGGCAACAUCCUCAUCUUGGUGGUGAACAUCAGCUUCCGGGAGAAGAUGACUAUCCCAGACCUGUACUUCAUCAACCUGGCAGCGGCCGACCUCAUCCUGGUGGCCGACUCCCUGAUCGAGGUGUUCAACCUGGACGAGCAGUACUACGAUAUCGCCGUGCUCUGCACCUUCAUGUCCCUCUUCCUGCAGAUCAACAUGUACAGCAGCGUCUUCUUCCUCACCUGGAUGAGCUUCGACAGGUACCUGGCGCUGGCCAAAGCCAUGCGCUGUGGCCUCUUCCGCACCAAGCACCACGCGCGGCUCAGCUGUGGCCUCAUCUGGAUGGCCUCAGUGUCCGCCACGCUGGUGCCCUUCACGGCCGUGCAUCUGCGGCACACCGAGGAGGCCUGCUUCUGCUUUGCCGAUGUCAGGGAGGUGCAGUGGCUGGAGGUCACGCUGGGCUUCAUUGUGCCCUUCGCCAUCAUCGGCCUGUGCUAUUCCCUCAUCGUGCGGGCCCUCAUCCGGGCCCACAGGCAUCGUGGCCUGCGCCCACGCAGGCAGAAAGCCCUGAGGAUGAUCUUCGCAGUGGUCCUUGUCUUCUUCAUCUGCUGGCUGCCGGAGAACGUCUUCAUCAGCGUCCACCUACUGCAGUGGGCGCAGCCAGGGGACACUCCCUGCAAGCAGUCUUUCCGUCAUGCCUACCCCUUGACAGGCCACAUAGUCAACCUGGCAGCCUUCUCCAACAGCUGCCUGAAUCCCCUCAUCUAUAGCUUCCUGGGAGAGACCUUCAGGGACAAGCUCAGGCUGUAUGUGGCGCAGAAGACGAGCCUGCCAGCUCUCAACCGCUUCUGCCAUGCCACGCUCAAGGCAGUCAUACCAGACAGCACGGAGCAGUCAGAUGUCAAGUUCAGCAGUGCUGUAUGAGAGGUACCUCCUAGAGGAAAACGGACAGGGGAGCAGGCGUGCCCAGGAGCUGCACACUCCUAGCACAGGUGGUGGGCGAGCUGAGCCAUGUCAUACUCUAAACCCCAGUGGCUAGGGGGAAAUGUCACAUGGCUGGGUCACCUCUGGGGCUGCUGGGAUUCUUCCUGACUGCCCAGCUCAUGGAUACUGCCAUCCAGAUUCAAGGCAGUGGGCCACAUGACAUUGACCUCUGCCCUCAAAGGGCACCACGAAGGCCUGACGCUUGGUUUUCUUUCCAUACCCUAUGUUUCCAGAAGACAAGUCUGUUGUUGAUUAAGUAACAGCCCAAAGGACAGGCCACCCUAUGGCACUACCAUGGUUAUAUCUUCUGUUACGUGCCUGCUACACGGAAGAGCCUAGAAACAGAGCAUAUGUACCAGACCCAAACUGGCUACGUUCCCUUUGCUUGUGACGUGUGAUUGAUCAUGUACACUCUGUCCAGUGCAGCCAAAGCUAAGGACCCCAGAGCCUUCUUCCUGUCUUCCAGAAGGCUGUGAGGUCAUCCCAGAUGCCACUCCUAACUCCUCAGUGAACAGCAUGUCUGAGCUGAGAAAGGCCCUUUAACAAACCACCUCCCUGCUCUGGGAUGCUCCUCUCACAAAGCUUGUUUACAAAGGUGUUUGCCCUUCUGUGAAGGUGGAAGGAGACCGUGGGUGCUGCUGUGCAGGCUGCUGGGAAUCCCAUCAUAAGACAUUUGUCGGAAGGACUUGACUCCACAGAAAAUAAUACUGGGAACGGUGAGCUGUAAACGGAUCUCAUUAAAAUGUAAAAAGAAAGAACAAGAA